CGCGAGAACCGCGCACUGUUGCGGCUACAAGUAGCAAAGCUAGCAUUCCGUUAAGCUACCUACAUUUCUGCGUUUUUUUCUGCUCCUUUUGGCUGCUAUGGAGGGUGUCGAAGCUUUAGACGAGGCGGAGAGGCCACGACAUCGUCCUUUCUUAAUCGGGGUUAGCGGAGGAACAGCCAGCGGGAAAUCAACAGUUUGCGCCAAGAUCAUGGAGCUGCUGGGCCAGAACAAGGUGGACCACCGCCAGAGGAAGGUGGCUAUUAUCAGCCAGGACAGCUUCUACAGAGUCCUGACUCCAGAUCAGAAGGCCAAAGCACUGAAAGGCCAGUACAACUUUGAUCACCCAGAGGCAUUCGACAACGAGUUAAUGUACAAAACCUUGAAGGACAUUGUGGAGGGCAGGGUAGUUGAAGUGCCAACGUACGACUUUGUCACCCAUUCCAGGUUGGAAGACAGGAUCACAUUUUACCCAGCAGAUGUGGUCCUCUUUGAGGGGAUCCUUGUUUUCUACCCCCAGAAAGUGCGCGACAUGUUUCACAUGAAGCUCUUUGUGGACACAGAUUCAGACGUCAGACUGUCUCGCAGAGUUCUGCGAGACAUGACCAGAGGGAGAGACCUGGAGCAGAUUCUCAGUCAGUAUACAACGUUUGUCAAGCCUGCUUUUGAGGAGUUUUGUUUGCCUACUAAGAAGUACGCUGAUGUCAUCAUUCCAAGGGGAGUUGACAAUAUGGUGGCCAUCAACCUCAUCGUGCAGCACAUCCAAGAUAUUUUGAACGGUGACAUCUGCAAAUGGCAGCGUGGAUCCAUUAACGGUCACGGACGUGCUUUCAAGCGGGCCAUUUCUGAGCAGAGUGACCUGCAGAACGGAGCCGUUAACCCUCCAGGAAAAAGGGUCCUGCUGGAGCCCAGUAGUCGGCCUCACUGAGGCCACGUGGAUGCAUGAGGAGAGUUUGUCCAGACUGUGAUUAUGAGCUUUGAAUUGGAUUUGCUGCUACAGAUUUGUGCAGAGUGAGUCAGAAAGUGUCUCAACUUCCGCAGCCUUUUUAAAUGUUGUCCACAAUCUCAACCACUCAAGAGUUGCAACCUCUCCAUCUUUUUACUGUGAUUAUUGGUACAUAACCAAUAUGGUGAUUAUUUCUUUAUCACGGCUAACAGUCUUCCAUGAUACCUUUGGUUUUUUAGUGUUAACUGUGGUCACAUGACCUGUUACUGAAAUGAUCUUCACAAUAAUGGUAAGAAAUGUUAUUUAAAUUGCUUAAUUUCAGUCAUGCUUUUGCACCUUAUGAAACCGACUCCUGCUUUGUCGCUUUGAGAUUAAUAUAUUUAAAUUACGUUAAUAUGAAACUGUUGUUUUGCUUUCCCUGUUCCUGUUUAAUAGCUUCUUAAGGUUAAAUCAGAGCCAGAUAUGUUCCUGUGGUGUUACACCUCGUGAUGCCAAGUGCUUCGUUUUCAUUAUUUAACACUGACUCUUUGCCUUACUGUAAUUUUUUAAGUUUACUUUCCACUCUCUGUUUCUAUACAACAAUAAACGGAAAAAUAUUUCUGAA